UCCAAGCUUACGCUCUGUUGUCACGCUCGGGUCUCUUGAACUAACCGAUUGAGUUAGGUUGUCUGACUCAUUUCGUGGUGAACACCAAUUUUUAAUCUGGUAAACAAAUGAAAGGGUUAAAAAGGCGCCUUGCCCAUGGCUCCGUGGUCAUUCUCCGUCCCUCUACUUCCAUAUGGGCGGAGCCUUCUGGAAUACGCGCAGAGCUGAACUCAAACUUCGGGAGUGAAAACAGAAGAGUACAAUGGAAGGCAACCUUUGCGGUAUUUGACGAUUUUCUCAUUCGGAAAACAUUAUUAUGAAGACGCGUGCACUGCCACAUAUAUUGCAUGGAUGACGGAUAAACUCGACAUUUUGUCAAAAAUGGCAACUGCAAUGGAGUGUGUUCGAGACGCGACACUGUAGCGCUGUAAUCACUUUGGAUUAAGUUACUCUCAAACAAACUCGCUUGUUCCGAGGCAAUACGAACAAGUAUACUUUCCCCAUGACAAGCAUUCGUUCCUGACCGUGCUUUGUUGAGAUGUCUACGACAGGGUAGCGACAUUCACCGGAGUCGAUGGACACAGAGAUGUGCUCCGAGUUCCCCACAGACCGACCGACAGGACGGAGAGAAUGCCUGGCGUGAUUUGUCCUGCUUGGUGAAGAGUCUUUGUCGGUGGCGCAUUCAGAGCCAAAGCCGCAUUUCAUGGAAUUAUUUCAAGAAACACAAAUGUGGAAUAUCAUGUAUCGAUCAACUUUUUAUUGGGUUGUCUUGGAGAUAUGUAUAUACAGCGCCAGAGGUCUCAAUGUUUGCACAAGUGGUAGUGCCACAUCUUGCGAAGAAUGCCUCCUCAUUCACCCAAGCUGCGCCUGGUGCGCUCAAGAGGACUUUGGUAUGACGAGAACCUUAACGUCACGCUGCGACCUGAGCCAGAACCUGCAGAAGCGUGGCUGCGACGUGCGGUACAUCGAGAGCCCCAGCAGCACAGCCAGCAUCCACAUGAGCAGACCCCUCAGCUCCAAAGGCAACGGCCCGGCGCAGUUCGACGUUGUCCAGAUACAGCCGCAGAGCAUUUCUCUUACUCUUCGGCCUGGUGACCCCACGUGGUUCGACGUGCAGGUGCGGCCGGUGGAGGACUACCCCGUGGACCUCUACUACCUGAUGGACCUGUCUCUGUCCAUGAAGGACGACCUGGACACCAUCCUCAACCUGGGCACCAAGCUGGCCGAGGAGAUGGGCAAGCUCACCAGCAACUUCCGCCUGGGCUUCGGCUCCUUCGUGGACAAGAACAUCUCGCCCUUCUCCUACACCGCGCCCAAGUACAAGGACAACCCCUGCAACGGGGUCAAGCUCUUCCCGACGUGCGUGCCGUCGUUCGGGUUCCGGCACAUCCUGUCCCUGACGGACAAGGUGGACCGCUUCAACGAGGAGGUGCAGAAGCAGAUGGUGUCGCGCAACCGGGACGGCCCAGAGGGCGGCUUCGACGCCAUCCUACAGGCCGCUGUUUGCAAGAAGCGGAUCGGGUGGAGGAAAGAGGCCUACCAUUUGUUGGUGUUCGCCACGGACGACGUGCCGCAUCUUGCCCUGGACGGCAGGCUUGGAGGUCUGGUGCAGCCCAACGACGGGGAGUGCCACCUGGACGACAAGAACGAAUACGACGCCUCCACUAAGAUGGAUUAUCCCUCACUAGCCCUUCUGGGAGAGAAGCUGGCCGAAAACAACAUCUUCCUCAUAUUCGCCGUGACAAAAAGAACCGUCGUUCUGUACAAGAAUUUGACUGCUCUGAUUCCUUCAACCACGGUGGAGGUUUUGGAGAACGAUUCGAAGAACAUCAUUCAGCUGAUCGUAACUGCCUACAACAACAUCCGCUCCAAGGUGGAGCUGAGCGUGUGGGACCACCCUGAGGACCUGAGCUUGGGCUUCUCGGCCACCUGCCAGGACGGACAGGCCCUCCCCGGCCUCAAGAAGUGUGGCGACCUCAAGAUUGGAGAGACGGUGUCCUUCAACGUGAGCGUGGAGGCGCGCAGCUGCCCCCUGCCAGGCAAGCAGCACAGCUUCACCAUCAAGCCUGUGGGCUUCAAGGACCGCCUGGAAGUGACGGUGGACUACCAAUGUGACUGCGGCUGCACGCAGCUCACCCAGGCCAACAGCAGCCGCUGCUCCUCCAUUGGCACCUACGCCUGCGGCAUGUGCCGCUGCGAGCCGGGAUACCUGGGCGCCAGGUGUGAGUGCCAGGAGGGCGAGGGGGCCGGCGGCGGGCAGCUCAACGCGUGCCGUGAGGCAGAGGGGAAGCAGGUGUGCAGUGGGCGUGGAGAGUGCAGCUGCAGCCAGUGCCUGUGCUACGAGUCGGAGUUUGGCAAGAUCUACGGACGCUACUGCGAGUGCGAUGACUUCUCCUGCGCACGCCACAAGGGCAUCCUUUGCUCAGGUCAUGGAGAAUGCCACUGUGGCGAGUGCAAGUGUCACGCCGGCUACGUGGGCGACAACUGCAACUGCUCGACGGAGACGGCGUCCUGCGUGUCGGACGACGGGCAGAUCUGCAGCGGGCGCGGCAGCUGCGUGUGCGGGAGAUGCCAGUGCACAGAGCCGGGGGCCUUCGGGGACACCUGCGAGAAAUGCCCCACCUGCCCAGACGCCUGCGGCACCAAGAGGGAGUGCAUCGAGUGUCGACUCUUCGGGACUGGACGACUGGCGGACAACCAGACAUGCCAACGCCAGUGCAAAGACGAGAUCAUCACCGUGGAGACGCUAAAGACGGACGACCCCAACGCCGUGCUGUGCCUGUUUAAGACGGAGAACGACUGUGUGAUGAAGUUCACCUACUCGGAGCACGCCAACGGCCAGUCGGUGCUCACCGCACUACAGGAGCCAGAGUGUGGCGCUGCGCCGGAUGCCAUGACGGUGCUGCUGGCGGUGGUGGGCAGCAUCCUGCUGGUGGGCAUUGUGCUGCUUGCCAUCUGGAAACUCGUCAUCACCGUCCACGACCGGAGAGAGUUUGCACGGUUCCAGAACGCACGCUCCCGAGCUCGCUACGAGAUGGCAUCCAACCCCCUGUAUAAACAGCCCAUUUCCACGCACGCAGUGGAGACCGUCUUCCAGAUGCAGAGCAAGUCUUCCUUCAACGGGGGAGUCCACUGAAGCCCCCCCAGACCAGAGGGGGGGGGUGGACAGGGGCACGGCAGGACCGGUCCAAGAAAAUGGGGAUGGGGUGGGGGUUAAUUUU